CACCGCUUGCCUCUUUGUUCAAACAGAUCUUGCUUCUCUCCCUCAGCGUUGCUGCUGGCGAGGAGGGGGACGGACGGAGGCAGCACCUUGCUGUGUGUGUGUGUGUGUGAAUGUGUGUGUGCAUCCAUUCCGAUCUAUCAAUGUGCGAGGAUGAACGGCGCAUAGUGCUGCUGCUCAGCGAGGAGAGGAUAGCGUUGGAGAGGGAGUGAAAAGUCCAAGACGUGGAGCGCUUGUGCACACACUCACCCCGGUCGCUUCUGUCUCUGCAAAGUGCUGUUUCACCCUUGUUUCGUCGUUUUGCCGUCUCUGCACCCUGUGGGGGCUUUGGAGAGCACCUGCACUGAGGCGCAAAGCUCACAUUCCUGAGGAUUGCACCACUGAAACACGUCUGGUUUUUGUCAGGAAAAAAAAGGCCCAGGAUGGCGCUCACUCUGUCUGCAGCUGGGCGACAGAUCCUCUUUGCUCUGAUGCUGCUGCUCUAUUUAGGCUCGGGCGCAGCCUCUUCCGUAGUGAACAUGCGUAGGAUCACCCAUCCCACAGUACAACAAACGCUGGCAGGCAAAGCCGUCCUCCCCUGUGUCUUCACCCUCCAGACCAGCUCCUCCAGCCAGCCUCCCCACCUCCUGUGGACCCGCAUCAGGGUACCAGCAAAAGGAGAGGGCGCUCCUCUGGAGCAGAUUGUGCUUUCUGCUAAAGGUGAUGUAAUCAAGGUGAAUAAGGCUUUCAGUGGCCGCGUCAUGCUGCCAGGAUACACUGCCAAUCCUCUGAAUGCUACCAUGGAGAUCUCCAGUCUGCGUACCAACGACUCAGCCACUUACCACUGUCAGGUUGUCAUGGGCAAAGACUAUGAGAGAGACGCUGUGCCCCUGGUGGUCUCCGGUGUGGUGUUUCACUAUCAGGCUCUCAGCACCCGAUACGCCCUCACAUUUGCUGAUGCCCAGCGGGCCUGCCAGGAGAACUCGGCUCAGAUGGCCACGCCAGCCCAGCUGUGGGCAGCGUACUAUGACGGCUUUGCCAGCUGUGCAGCUGGCUGGUUGGACGAUCAGACUGUUCGCUAUUCCGUCCAGUUGCCAGAGCUUGGCUGCUAUGGACACAAGGAGUACUCAGCUGGAGUGAGGAAUUAUGGGAAGAGGGACCCGAAAGAGCUGUUUGAUGUGUACUGUUUUGCAAAAGAACUGGAUGGUGAAGUGUUUCACUCCUCGGUCCCAGGCAGGCUGUCUCUGUCCUCAGCCUCAGACCGCUGCGUGUCCCUCGGGGGCCAGCUGGCCACAGUGGGGCAGCUUUAUCUGGCCUGGAAGUCUGGCCUGGACAGCUGCGCCCCGGGCUGGUUGUCUGAUGGCAGCGUCCGCUACCCGGUGACCUGGCCUCGCCCGGACUGUGGAGGGAACCGGUCAGGAGUCCAUACCGUCCCACCGAACAGCACUACUGACAACACCACAGCCCUAUAUGAUGCUUACUGCUACAGAGGUAAAGUGAAGAAUUCGGGCUCUAUCUCUCAGAUCUACACCUCCCUGUGGAAGCCCUGGAGCUACCUCACAGGCUCAAGUGAUGCAGACUCCGCAGGGACCGGCAGUCCUGACGUGACUACACAGCAAAGCACCACUACCAGAGGGCCCUCGGAUGAAAGAGAUGCUUCUCCUUCAAACUGGACAGGACUGGUUGACCUUGAAGAGGAGGACCUUCACAGCACUGAUCCAUCCUCAGACCCCUGGUCUUCAGAGUCUUCAGGGUCAUUUGUGACCCUUCACAUAAUGCCAGGACAGAGCCUCUUAGACUGGGGAGAGCCGCUGGAGCCUGGCCCCGACUCAGAUGAGUUUCUCCGCCCGCCUGUCCACCCUACUCCUGCUGAAAAGAAGGUGAUCUCAAAGAUCGUCAAAUCCAUUUGGAAGCCUUGGAACUACCUGGCAGGGACUGAAGAUGAGGAGGGAACCCAAGCACCAAGUGCACAGGCAGGGGGAAAGGAGAAGACUACGAAAAAGACAGAUGAAAGGUCAGAUCCAUCCAGUGUAGCAACACCAGGUCUGUUUUCUUGGGGAAGUUCAUGGUUCGACAGUCCCUCGAGGGAAAACUCGAGUGAAGAAUCACCCACUCGUCUCGCUUCUACUUUGGCCGCCUCCAGUAGCGCUAUGACUACAGAGAGCACCAAGCGCUUGGUGGAGACUUCAGAGAUGCACACAUCCACCGCUUCCAGCUCUGCACCUGGAAACACCUCAUCCAGUGGGGAGACCUGGGUCCGUGUUGAAUCAGAGACCACAACCCAGUCGGGUGAUAAGAGGGAGGAGACAGUGACCUCCAGAGGCAGCGGUAGAGGAGGCAGAGGAAGGGGGAAGAAGAACAGAGGGGAGGACAGGAGCAGAGGAGAGGAAAAGAGUAGAGGAGAGGAGAAGGGGAAAGGAGAAGAUGAGGGGAGCGGAGAAAUCACUGGUGUGGAAGCAAAAGGGGAGAUACAAGUUUCACGUCGACCAGUUGGGACAAGCAAACCAAGAGAACGAUCCAGAGAAAGAUCUAGAGAGAGGGGUCACAGGAGGGGACAGUCCACCACGACCACGACUACCACUGCCACUUCUAGUCCUCUGGAACUCACAGUGAUGACCACAACUGCGUCAGAAAGCACUGACUUAUCCACAUCUGAAUCCCCAUCCACCUCACCAGUAGAAACCCCAUCGCCAUCAAGCUCACCGGAGUCCCUCCCCUCAUCUCCAGCACCAUCGCCAUCUGCUACUGCGUCCCCAUUGCCUUCCUCUUCUCAACCAACCCCAUCUCAGUCCGUGUUUAAACCCGACUCUCCCUCCUCAUCCUCCUCCUCCCCAUCGUCAACCACUUCCUCCCCUCCAUCCAAUUCCCAAACCCCAUCCCUGUCAACCUCGCCAUCAUCACCCCAUUCCCCAUUUCAGAGUGCUGGAUCAGGAGACCCAGCUCCAUCUUCUCACUCAGACAACCGGGGCAGCUCCACUAACCCCCUAACAUCGCCUCACUGGGUCCCAGUGGAGAAGGCAGUUGUGAACAGCUCUCUGGAUUAUCCUCCAUUACAGUCAGGACCCUCAGAGCUGGAGGAGCCUGCUUGGUCUCAUGCUGUGGGGUCAGGAGCUCUGUUACCUGGCAACAUUGAAGAGGAGAGCAACAGAGGGGGAGUCAACAUCAGUACCAUGACAGACGAGGUGGAGCCCUGCGUGACAAACCCGUGUCUGCACGGAGGAAAGUGCCUUCCGCAGGGAACGGGCUACAGCUGCUACUGCCCACAAGGAUACACUGGGGAGAACUGUGAGAUUGAUGUUGAUGACUGCCAGUCCGAGCCAUGUGAAAAUGGAGGCACUUGCAUUGACAAGAUUGAUUCAUUCCUCUGCCUUUGCCUGCCCAGUUAUGGAGGAGACACAUGUGAGAAAGACGUAGAAGGUUGCGAGCACGGUUGGCGAAAGUUCCACGGCCACUGCUACAGGUACUUCACCCACAGACACACCUGGGAGGACGCAGAGAAAGACUGCAGAGAGCACAGUGCCCACCUCAGUAGCAUCAUCUCGGCUACUGAGCAGGAGUUUAUCAAUGGUCUUGGUCAUGACAACGCCUGGAUUGGUCUGAAUGACCGCACAGUGGAGGAGGACUUUCAGUGGACUGACAGCAAUGAUCUGGUAUAUGAGAACUGGAGGGAGAGCCAGCCGGAUAACUUCUUUGCGGGUGGGGAGGACUGUGUGGUGACCAUUGCCCAUGAGGACGGCAAGUGGAACGACGUGCCCUGCAACUACAACCUGCCCUACAUCUGCAAGAAAGGCACAGUGUUGUGUGGGACCCCGCCCGCAGUGGAGAACGCCCAUUUGAUAGGUCGGCGGAGAUCUCACUAUGACAUCCAUGCAGUGGUACGCUACCAGUGCUCUGAGGGCUUCUUUCAGCGCCACAUCCCCACUGCUCGCUGCCGGGCUGACGGGAGCUGGGAGAGACCCAGGAUCAUCUGCACAAAGUCCCGGCGAUCACACCGGUACCGACGCCACCACCACAAUCAGCACAACGAACGCCGUGGCCACAGGAGACACGGAGGAGAGGGACACAAGGCCAGAGAGGAUGCACACAGCUACUACUGAACCAAAUAAUAUAACAUCUGCAAUGCCUAGGUGCUAACCAUGGCCCAUAAAUAAAGACAGUAGUUCACAUCACCCUCAUUUCCUUUCCUGCUUCUACAGUUUAUCUCCAUAACCUCUAUAUCCCCGAGUUUGGGUGUUUUGAUGCUUCUUUUUGUUUUCCUGCUUCCUUUAACCGAGGUCCAUGCGAACACUAACUAUAACACUAACUCUUAUUAACGCCCUCCCUCCAUAACAUCUCAGUACAGUAAAUCCUCCUCCUGUAUAUGAACUAAAACCCUCUCUCGGUCUGUCAGACUGACAGUAGUGUGUGAGCGUGUGUGAGAGUAUGCAUGUAAGAGAGAAACUUAGAAAAGUGCGGAGUCACUUUUUUUUGCAAAGGUCUGCUUGUUCUACAUGAAAAAUGACUCUCAUCCUAGUAUUCUGUUUACAAAGCACAGAUGUAAUUGAUGCCAGAUAGCAUUCAGUCCCUGGUGACCCUGAGCUUUUUGUAUGUGUACCGUAGCUGUUACUUUUUCCAUAGAGCACCUGAAUAGCUGGUCUGUUUUAUUCUACUGACAUGCUUUUUUCUAAUAUUUGCUAUGUUUUUGUGUUAUGUUACUAUUUAUUAUGAAUUGUUUGCUAGUGAAGAUGCUUUCUUUUUUUACUUAUACUGCAGAGAGCCGAUGUAACAUCAUUUUUCUAUACCAGUAUAUAAGUCCAACAACAAACAAUAAACUUAAUUAAUCAUUUGAUUGCCACUAAUCUCUGUAUUGUAAAUAUUGUGGUGUUUGUUAUUGGCUGAUCCCUGAUCAAUAGCUGGACCUUGUCUAAUCAAAUAGAUCCCCCCUCCCAACCUCAUAAGCACUCUCAGCUAAUGAAUAUGUCCCGUUGGCAUAGAUAGUGUGGAUGGGAUUAUACAAUACUUUCUGAGAUAACCACUUGAUUGUAUCUGAAUUGCUAAAUCUUUCAAUCUUUGCACGGCUAUAUAUUUACAUCAUGGGUAGAAUGUCACUAUUUUUUGUCUUUGGUCCCUUUGAUAUUUGAUCGGUCAUCCACUUUUUUGGUGUUCUUAUGACUUUUUGUCCUGCUGUUGUAUUCCAUUCUUAAUAAAGUGAAAAAAUGAA